UCUGGAUGUGACAGAGGCCUCGGUGUACUCAGGAGUUUGUACAGAGAUCUUCAAAAGAGAGUGUGUGAUCUUCCAGAAACCAGUCUACUGCUUUGUUCAUCUGAGCAUUCAGGAGUUUCUGGCUGCAGUCUACAUGUUCCACUGUUUCACCAGCAGGAAGACAAAGGUGCUGAGGGAUUUUCUGGAUAUCUGGCAUAAUAUCCCAUCACUUAUUGAGCUCCUUUCAGAAACCAUGAGAGAAUCGCUGUGAAGUAAAACCGGCCACCUGGACCUGUUUGUUUGCUUCCUUCAUGGCCUCUGUCUGGAAUCCAACCAGAGACUCUUAGGAGGUCUGCUGGGUCAGACAGAGAAAAACCCAGGAACCAUCCAGAGAGUCAUCAACAACCUGAAGAUGAUGAACAGUGAUAAAAUCUCUCCUGACAGAAGCAUCAACAUUUUUUACUGUCUGAUAGAAAUGAAUAACCUCUCAAUACAUCAGGAUAUCCAAGAAUUUUUGAAGUCAAAAAACAGAUCAGAGAGACUCUCUGAGAUCCACUGCUCAGCUCUGGCCCACAUGCUGCAGAUGUCAGAGGAGGUUCUGGAAGAGUUGGACCUGCAGAAAUACAACACAUCAGACCAAGGACGACACAGACUGAUUCCAGCUGUGAGGAACUGCAGAAAGGCUCGACUGGCUCAGUGUGGACUCUCAGAGACUCACUAUGAAGUUGUGGCCUCAGCUCUGAAGUCCAACCCCUCCCAUCUGACGGAGCUGGACAUGAGUGGAAACAAGCUGCAGGGUUCAGGCGCGAAGCUUCUGUGUGCUGGACUGAAGAGUCCAAACUGUCGACUGGAGACUCUGAGAUUGGAGAAAUGCAGUCUGUCAGAUAUCAGCUGUGAUUAUCUGGCCUCUGCUUUGAAGUCCAACCCCUCCCAUCUGAAACAUCUGGACUUGAGUCUUAACAUGCUGCAAGAUUCAGGAUUGGAGCGGCUGUGUGGUUUUCUGGAGAAUCCACACGGGGGACUGCAGACUCUGAGACUGGAGUGGUGCAGUUUGUCACAGGUCAGCUGUUAUUAUCUGGCCUCAGCUAUGAAGUCCAACCCCUCCCAUGUGAAACAUCUGGUCCUGAGGGGAAACAACCUGCAGGAUUUAGGAGUGAAGCAGCUGUGUGGUUUCCUGGAGAGUCCCUGCUGUAGACUGGAAACACUGAGGCUGAGCAUCUGCAGCUUGUCACAGAUCAGCUGUGUUUAUCUGACCUCAGCUCUGAAGUCCAACCCCUCCCAUCUGAAACAUCUGGACCUGUGUCACAAUUACAAGCUGCAGGAUUCAGGAGUGAAGCAGCUGUGUGGUUUUCUGCAGAGUCCAUACUGCAGACUGGAAACUCUGAGAUUGGAGUACUGCUUUAUAUCAGCUGUUGGCUGUGAAUAUCUGCACUCAGCUCUGACAUUCAACCCCACCCACCUGCGAGAGCUGGAGCUGAGAGGAAACAACCUGCAGGAUCUACAUGUGAAGCGGUUGUCUGAUCUUGUAGAGAAUUCACACUAUAGCCUGGAAACUCUGAGGUGGAGCUGAUGAUGGUAAACAGGACGGUGUGUGUGCUGAGAGAGGAGCAGCUGUGUCCUG